AUGAAGAAGAAGAACCAUGUCUUGUUCUUCUUAUUCUUCUUUCACUUACCAUGUCUUUCAUUGAGUCUCAACCACCACAACGACACCCAUGCACUCACCCUCUUCCGCAGCCAAGCCGACUUACACGGCUCCCUCCUCCAAAACUGGACCGGCGGCGACGCCUGCCCCGCCGCAUGGCGUGGCGUCCGCUGCUCCCCAAACGGCCGAGUCACAUCACUCUCCCUCCCUUCCCUCAACCUCCGAGGAACCAUUGACCCACUCACACCCCUCACCCACCUCCGCCUCCUCGACCUCCACGAAAAUCGCUUAAACGGCACCGUUUCGCCUCUCCUCUCAAACUGCACCAACCUCAAGCUCCUCUACCUCGCCGGAAACGACUUCUCCGGCGAGAUUCCGCCGGAAAUAUCCUCGGUAAAAGGCCUCCUCCGCCUUGACCUCUCCGAUAACAACAUACAUGGAAAUCUCCCAAAAGAACUUUCCCAUUUGACUCAGCUUCUAACACUGAGGCUCCAAAACAACGUGCUCUCAGGUCACAUACCUGAUCUUUCAUCUUCAAUGGUGAACCUCAGGGAACUUAACAUGACCAACAACGAGUUCUAUGGACAGUUACCAAACCCAAUGCUCAAAAAGUUCGGUUAUGAAAGCUUCUCUGGUAAUGAAGGACUAUGUGGUGGUGGUUCAACUCAAUUACCGGUUUGUUCUUCCACUGAAACAACCCCACCUUCUUUUUCUGAACCGGUUCAAACCGUUCCUUCAAACCCAAGCUCGUUGCCACAAACAAGCGUUAUAGCAAGACCUGAAAACCAACAACAACAACAACAUAAAGGGUUAAGCCCUGGAGCCAUUGUUGCCAUUGUUGUUGCAAACUGUGUGGCUUUGUUGGUGGUGACAUCUUUCGUUGUUGCUCAUUGUUGUGCUAGAGGUAGAAGCUCUAAUUCCUUUGUGGGUAGUGGUGAGAGUGGGAAGAGAAAAAGUGGGAGUAGUUAUGGGAGUGAGAAGAAGGUUUAUGCCAAUGAUGGUGGUGGUGGUGGUGGUUGUGAUAGUGAUGGAACAAAUGGUACUGAUAGGAGCAAGCUUGUGUUUUUUGAUAGGAGGAGUGAGUUUGAGCUUGAGGAUUUGCUUCGUGCUUCUGCGGAGAUGCUUGGGAAGGGUAGUUUGGGAACUGUUUAUAGGGCAGUGCUUGAUGAUGGAUCCACUGUUGCUGUUAAGAGGCUUAAGGAUGCUAACCCUUGUGCUAGGAAUGAGUUUGAACAGUAUAUGGAUGUGAUUGGGAAGCUUAAGCACCCUAAUAUCGUUAGACUCAGAGCUUAUUACUAUGCCAAGGAAGAAAAGCUUCUUGUCUAUGAUUAUCUCUCCAAUGGAAGCUUGCAUGCCCUUCUUCAUGGGAAUCGAGGUCCGGGAAGAAUUCCAUUGGAUUGGACAACAAGAAUAAGCUUGGUGUUAGGGGCAGCAAGAGGGCUUGCUCGGAUUCAUGCAGAGUAUAGUGCAGCAAAAGUGCCUCAUGGGAACGUGAAAUCAUCCAAUGUGCUUCUUGACAAGAAUGGUGUUGCUUGCAUCUCUGAUUUUGGGUUGUCACUGCUUUUGAACCCGGUUCACGCCGUUGCAAGAUUGGGAGGGUACAAGGCUCCUGAACAAGCAGAACAGAAGAGGCUAUCUCAACAAGCAGACGUGUACAGUUUUGGGGUGUUGUUGUUGGAAGUUCUUACAGGGAAAGCACCUUCAUCACAAUACCCUUCACCAGCACGUCCUCGUAUGGAUGAAGAGGAACAACAAGCAUUGGAUCUUCCAAAAUGGGUUCGUUCAGUUGUGAAGGAAGAGUGGACAGGAGAGGUGUUUGAUCAAGAACUCUUGCGUUACAAAAACAUUGAGGAAGAACUUGUUUCAAUGCUGCAUGUUGGGUUGGCUUGUGUGGUUCCACAGCCAGAGAAGAGGCCAACCAUGGUACAAGUUGUCAAGAUGAUUGAGGAUAUAAGGGUGGAGCAAUCUCCUAUUGGAGAGGACUAUGAUGAAUCACGCAAUUCACUUUCACCUUCCCUUCCCACCACUGAAGAUGGGGUCUAG